AUGGAAGGCCGUUGGAUGGGGAACCCCCCUGGGGGUUUUCAUCGAUCCUCUCACUAUCACAAGCAGCAGCAGCAGCAGCAGCAGCAGCAGCAUUACCAUCAUCAUCAGCAGCAGCAGCAGGGCUCGAAAACGCGAGAGAGCUUACAAGAUAACAAGGCUUCUUCUUCAACUCCUUUUGCUGCUGCUGCAGCAACCAGAGCAGCAGCCCCGCUGCAGCAGGGCUCUCCUAGAGGUCAUUCUGCUGCUACCAAGAAAUCUGCUGCUGCUGCUGCUGCUGCGCCUGCUGAGUCUUCUAUGGGGUCUUCUCGCGGCAAGGCUCCUAGCAGCAGCAGCAGCAGCAGCGAUAGCAGCAGCAGCAGCAGCAGCAGCAGCAGCACCAGCACCAGCACCAGCAGCAGCAGCAGCAGCAGCACCAGCAAGGGACCACUGGUGCAGCAGCAGCAGCAGCAACAGCAGCAGCAGCAGCAGUUGCCCAUUCAAACAGAAGAAGAGUUUUUAAAAGGCUGCGGCUUCCAAGCGAUUUGGAGUGAAAACUUUGAGGUGUCUGGUCUCCUAACUGCUGCUGUGAAGUUCUGCAGACUAACGCCAAAUGAACGCGAUGAAGAAGAAUGUUUAAGACGGGCACUUUGA